AUGACUGAGAGUGUUCAUGGCCCGUGGUGCUGGGGCCAGCGGAGAGCGGCGCCAUGGCCGAGACAGACUCCGGCGAGCGGCGGGCACCUGGCACCCGAGCGGGACACCGAGCACAUCACCGAGCCGGGCACCGAGCGGGGAACAGAGCACAUCACCGAGCACCUCACCGAGCCGGGCACCGAGCGGGACACCGAGCAGAGCACCGAGCCUGUCACCAAGCCGGGCACGGCGGAAUGGCCGCAGAGGCCUCCCUACUCGUACGUGGCGCUGAUCACCAUGGCCAUCCGGGCCAGCCCCGAGCAGCGGCUGCCCCUGAGCAGCAUCUACGCCUACAUCGCCGAGCGCUUCCCCUUCUACCGCGACCGCAGCCGCCACUGGCAGAACAGCGUCCGCCACAACCUCAGCCUCAACCCCUGCUUCCGACGGCUGCCCCGCCACUACGGCCGCGCCGGCGACUGGGAGCUGCACCCGGCUUUCCACAACAUGUUCCCGGAGGGGAAUUACCUCCUCCGCCGCCGCCACUGCCGCCACCCGUCCGCAUCGCCCCCGCAGCCCUCCGGGAUCCCCGCCGCGACCCGGGCUCCGCCGCCCUCCGGGAUGGCGGGGAUGGCCUCGCUCCCCGCCGCCCUCUGGGCCCCGCCGCCCUCGGGGAUCCCCCCGGGCCCCGCCGAGCCCCGGCCCCCGCUGCUCCCCGAGGCCCGCCCGGGCCCCGCCGCUCCGUGGCCCCCGCCGCCCUGCGCGGUGCCCGCGCUGCCCGCCCGGGGCCCGCCCGUGCCGCUGCCCGCCCGGGGCCCGCCCGUGCCGCUGCCCGCCUGGGCGCUGCGCCCCGCCGAGCCGGACGCGGCGCUGACCGCCGAGCUGGGGGCCAGGCUGGCCCCCGCCUUCCGAUGA